AUGGCGAUCUGGGAAGUGCCCAAAGUGAAUGGUGUUGAAUACAGGCUACCCGUUUAUACUAUCAAGGACACACUGUCAACUCUGCCGCAGGAAGUUAUAGAACUCAUCGCUAACUUUCUCUCGGACGAACCCGUCCAGCUCGCCACCUGCUGCCUUACAUGCAGCGCUUGGUACCAUGCGGCCCGGCCUCACCUCAGGCAGUGGAAGACCAUCCGGAGCGAAGAGGCACUGCGAACCCUCGUGCGGGUUCUAUUGACCAAGCGCAAUGAACGAUAUGGACGCGCGUUGCGCUCCCUGGAGAUCUGGGAUAAUGCAAGGAAGCCGUUUGCGCACGUUUUUUCCUUGCGUGUUCCCGGUCGUCUUCUGGUGCAUUUGACGGCACUCCGCUUGCACGGGAUAGACUGGUCCACGGUGCGCCCCCAUCCAAGGUUCUUCAAGGACCUGUCCGGCUUUGCAUCCGUCAUUCGUUUAACCCUCGUCAAAUGCCGCUUCCGACGUCCCGAGGAGCUCCGCGCAAUCGCGAACGGUCUUCCGAACCUCAAAUUCUUCUCUCUGUCGCUUAUUACAGUCGCUUCCGCUCCUCCUGCGGCAGAUGUGAUACGCAAGUCCCCAUCCAUUUCCAACUUGGUACUCGAUAAAAUCCAACUGUUCGGGUCUGCCAGUGCACCUCAAGCCUACUCCGUCGGGAGUGACGACGUGCAGCGCCUCCACCAAAGCGUUCUUGACGCACUUGCCUCAUACUCGACGGUGACAUCCCUGCAGCUGGACGCGGAUCAGUUUCUCUCAUUUCCGCAAUGUCAACGCUUCAUACGCGCCUUUCCAAGACUGCAGGCCAUCCACAUGAUGCGCGAUCCUACCUGGGGCCCCUCAAGUCUCCCAGUCGACGCGGGCCUUCUGGAUUCACAAACGAAACCUUGCGCUUGGGACAUCAUGCAACUGCGUAUGUCAUCCGUGUCCGCGAAGUUCACUGCGCAGUUUCUUGAGGCAUUUGCAAGCGUUUUCUGCAGAGUUGUCACUCUGAGUAUAGCCUUGAAAGACGAGCCCACCACUUCAUUGCUCUCGGUUGUGAGGAUGCUGUUGCGAGAGUCGGGGUCAACGCUGCAUCAGGUCGAGUGGCGGUGCAAGGUUGGGAUGACGGGACUUCCGCCAAACAGUCCGGACCCGUUUGCUAUCCCUGGCCCACUCACGUACAAUGUCAACCUAACUCAGUUACACGUGUCAUUCAACGUGUAUCCCCCAGCAAGCAUGUCAUCAUUCAGCUUGAGUCUAUUGGCGUUUUUCUCGCAAAUCGAGAGCCAAUGUCUUCAGGGCAUCGACAUCCGCGUCUACGUCAAGCGCCUCCCUCUUCCUCUCAUGAACACCGACACGCAAUCAGCGACGGCAAAAUUUGUCACCGACUUUCAUGCCGCACUAUCCCGCGGCGUCUUCGCCGGGCUCCCUGCUGGCAGCGUUCGAGUUGGCUUCGUCCUCAGUACGGAGACGGACAUUCUGCCAGUCGGAACCGUUCUCAGCCUGGUGGCGACCAUUGAAUCGUCCUUGGUGCCUUGUUUCACCCCAUGGCUAUGUCGGGGAGUCGUGGCGAUUCAGCUUCCGGACGGGACUACCAUUGAGGAUAAUCCACGCGACGAAGUAGCUCGAAGCCCCCCUACUACCGUGCAUACUAUCGAGGACACAGACUCAGACCACGCGUCGUGA